AUGGCGGACAAGCUUCCCUCAUCGGUGUGCGCAGCCUCACGGAAAUCAGCAUGCCACGAUGGAGCAAAUGCUCCAACGGUUCGACAAAACCUUCCACCGGUUUUGGGCUAAGCUGGAGGCAUGAUUACCAGCCACCACAAAACACAACAAAAGAGGUGAGUAGUGGAGGCGGCGAGAGCGGGAGCAGCCUCCCUUGGUCGAAGCUCAAAUUCCGGCAUCAACUCUCCACUCUGAUCGCCUACCUGGGCCGAGAGUCCUGAGGAGAACCACACCGCAGGAAGACCUGGGUCUCUCGAAGCGCCCGUCAAGGGAAAGACUCGACCUCCUGGAGCCAUCGAGUCUGUGGCCUACAGAUGCCAGUCUCCACACGGGCCUGGGGCUGGAGAGGUCCUCAAACCUACCUCUUUGCACUCUCCCGCUUCACACCGCAGCAUUAAGCAGUCUUGCGGCCCCUGUGACUCCUAGACCGAGAAUGGGCAUUGGCUGGCGACGGGAUGGCUGUUGUGCGAACUCUCACUGCUUUCAAUAAGAAGGUUAUGCGCAACUCUGCCACGGCGGGGCCACUUAGUGUUUAUACAUGCUUAGGGGAUAUGCUUGCGAUAGGGUGCAAAGUCUCAUUAGUUUACUAAGUUCCAGUGUUAUACUCAAGAAUCUAGCAUGUCAUUCAGCAUCAUCAGAAGUGGUAGCCUGAUCCAAUAACAAUGCUUCCCCAUAGGAUUGACUGAGACUGACAAGGAGGCAGAUCAGGGGCAGAGCCAGCACAAUUCAAACACAGCCCUGGCCAAUCAGCAUCUCCUCAUAGAGAUGAAUUGAAUCAAUGAAUCUCUAUGAGGAAAGUUCAGUGUCUGCAUGCAGAGGGAGGACACACUGAAUGUUUGGAUGCAUUUUAGGCAGCCAUGACCCAGGAAGGAUCUCUAACAGCUAUAUGAGGAGUGGCCAGUGAAGUUAUCACUAGGCUGUAAUGUAAUUGUAAACACUGCAUUUUCUAUGAAAAGACAGUGUUUACAGCAAAAACCCUGAAGGUAAUGAUUCUACUCACCAGAACAAAUUCAAUAAGCUGUAGUUGUUCUGGUGACUAUAGUGUCCCUUUAAUCAUAAGUGUCCAUGCCUAACUAGACCAGUUUAAUUCACAGCUUCUGUUUAUCAGUUACGACAUGGACAUAGCCUAUAUAACUUGUAUUUCUUUAAGUAAUGGACGCAGAUACCAGAGCAUACUAUGAUUUCUACUACUGUGCCUAGCAAUUACUCUGCCCAGCAACAUGACUAUUAGAAUUGUUUAGAUUAACGUCCGCUACAUUACCCAUGUCUACUCAGUUCAUAUUAAAUCCCAGAAGUCUCGUCCUCAGUUGCGACCUGUUCAUAGCCAGUAUCACUUGUAUUUCUUUAAAUCAUGGGCACAAAUACCAAAGCAUAUCAUAAGCCCUUAUUGCUUCACGUUACUAUAAGCCCUCAUUGCUUCACAUAGUAAAUACCCUAACAAGCAACAUGUUUAUUAGCACUAUCUUGUUUAAUACUUUACAAACAAAGAAAGAGGCAGCACAACUCGAGGUUAUAAUGUAAGCUUCAACUAUAUCUCAGAUGUGUAUUCGCCUGCUAUAACCGAUUUUAUUUAUUCUGUAUUGUAUAACUUUGCCUCACUAAAAGAAAGAUUGACAAAAAACAAACUUUGUAAGGGGUGCAUGGAAGCUCCAGGUUAGUUUAAUUGAGUCCCAGAAAUAGUAUGAGUGACCCCUUAAGUGAAUUAGUUAUGUCUAGUUUAUAGGAAAAAAGAUGUAUAUAAUUUGUAUGUAUCAAUUACCAUAACCCCCUUGGGCACAGAAACUCGAGAAAACGUGUUUCCGUAACUACCCAGUUUUAAAAGUUUGACAUGCAAAUCAUCAAGAUUUCAAAAGUCAAAUAAGGAACUGCACUCAAUCCAUCAAUAAAGACCUGGGUGACACCGAAUAUGGGGCCAGCACCAAGACCCAAAACGUUGUUUGUAGUCAAAAGAAAGAGAGGAAAAAAGGUUCUGGCACUACCAAGAUUUAGAUUGGCAAAUUUAUUGGAACUAAAGUGUUCAGCAGCAACGUUUCGACCAAAGUGGUCUUUUUCAAGCUUGUUUAGGUCGAAACGUUGCUGCUGGACACUUUAGUUCCAAUAAAUUUGUCACUCUAAGCCUUGGUAGUGCCUGGACCUUUUUCUCUCUCUUGUGAUUACAUACAAAUGACCAAAGACAGGCUUUGUGUUCCAGACUUCAACCUGCCUUUCUACAGAUACCCUUAGCAAUGGACGCUGUUUUAAAAGAUCCAAAGGGACCAGUGACCAGGACCCAGCCAUGGACUGUCCAGGUUUUGACCAGGUGGAUCUCUCAUCAUCAUGGCUAUCUGUCUGCUUUUUACUGACUGCUUUACCCUUCAGCAGAAAGUGCAAGGCAAUGCUCUUUCAAUGUUUCUAUAGGAGUAGCAUUGCUGGAACAGCAUGGAGAUUGUAACACAUGCUUCUCUUUAAGAGAAGCACUGGUGUAGCCAGGAGACCUAGUGAUGUUCUGACAGAGAUAGAGAGGGACUGUGGUGAGCAGUUCUCUCGUCACUGGAUUGGUAAAUUAACUUUUGAUUUUUUACAAGAAAGUGGGCCUUUAUAAUACAGUUUUUGAUGUACCUGUAUAUUUAGUGAUUAUGGACAGCCAAUAUAUAUAUAUACAAAAACUGUACGCACACAUAUAAAACACAUACACACACUCUCUGUAUAAUGUGCAUUCUUCAUAUAAUGUACACACUCUGUAUAAUGUACUCUCUCUGUAUAAUAUACAUGCUGUAUAGUGUACUCUCUGUAUAAUGGAUACUUUAUGUAUAAUGUACACUCACUCUCUGUAUAAUGUACUCUCGCUGUAUAAUAUACAUGCUGUAUAGUGUACUCUGUAUAAUGGAUACUGUAUGUAUAAUGUACACUCACUCUCUGUAUAACGUACUCUCUCUGUAUAAUGUACAUGCUGUAUAGUGUACUCGCUGUAUAAUAGAUACUUUAUGUAUACUGUAAUGUACACUCACUCUCUGUAUAGUGUACUCUCUCUGUAUAAAAUACACUCUGUUUAGUGUACUCGCUGUAUAAUAGAUACUUUAUGUAUAAUGUACACUCACUCUCUGUAUAGUGUACUCUCUCUAUAUAAUAUAUACGCUGUAUAGUGUACUCGCUGUAUAAUAGAUACUUUAUGUAUAAUGUACACUCACUCUCUGUAUAGUGUACUCUCCCUGUAUAAUAUACACGCUGUAUAGUUUACUCUCUCUGUCCUAUGUACAGUCUCUGUAUAAUGUAUAUUUUUUAAUGUACACUGUCUAUAUAAUGUAUAUUCUGUAUAAUGUAUAUUUUGUAUAAUAUACUCUCUCUGUAUAGUGUACACACUCUCUAUAACGUACACUCUCUGUAUAAUGUCCUCUCUCUGCAUAGUGCACACACUGUCUGCAUAAUGUACGCUAUCUCUGUAUAAUGUACACUAUCUAUAAUGUAUUUUACACUAUCUCUGUACAAUGUGCACUCUGUAUAAUGUACACUCUGUACAAUGUACUCUGUAUAAUGUACACUAUUUUUGUAUAAUGUAUACUAUCUCUGUAUAAUGUAUACUCUGUAUAAUGUACACUAUCACGUAUACUAUAUCUGUAUAAUGUACACUAUCGCUGUAUAAUGUAUACUCUAUAUAAUGUAUAUUCUGUAUAAUGUACACUGUCUUUAUAUAAUGUACACUGUCUCUAUAAAAUGUACACUGUCUCUGUGUAAUGUAUAACCAGGAAAGCUCUAUAUAAUGUAUACUCUAUAUAAUUUAUACUCUAUGUAAUGUAUAUUCUGUAUAAUGUACACUGUAUAAUGUAAUGUAUAUUCUGUAUAGUUUAUACUGUAUAUUCUGUAUGAGGUACACUGUAUAUUCUGUAUAAUGUAAUAUAUAUUCUGUAUAAUGUACACUGUAUAAUGUAAUAUAUAUUCUGUAUAGUUUAUACUGUAUAUUCCGUAUAAUGUACACUGUAUAAUGUAAUGUAUAUUCUGUAUAGUUUAUACUGUAUAUUCUGUAUGAUGUAAUGUAUAUUCUGUAUAGUUUACACUGUAUAUUCUGUAUAGUUUAUAAUAUAUAUUCUGUAUAGUUUAUACUGUAUAUUCUGUAUGAUGUAAUGUAUAUUCUGUAUAGUUUACACUGUAUAUUCUGUAUAGUUUAUAAUAUAUAUUCUGUAUAGUUUAUACUGUAUAUUCUGUAUAUUUUAUACUGUAUAAUGUAAUGUAUAUUCUGUAUAGUUUACACUGUAUAUUCUGUAUAAUGUACACUGUAUAAUGUAAUGUAUAUUCUGUAUAGUUUACACUGUAUAUUCUGUAUAAUGUAAUGUAUAUUCAGUAUAGUUUACACUGUAUAUUCUGUAUAAUGUAAUGUAUAUUCUGUAUAGUUUAUACUGUAUAUUCUGUAUAAUGUACACUGUAUAUUCUGUAUAAUGUAAUGUAUAUUCUGUAUAGUUUACACUGUAUAUUCUGUAUAGUUUACACUGUAUAUUCUGUAUAGUUUAUACUGUAUAUUCUGUAUAAUGUACACUGUAUAAUGUAAUGUAUAUUCUGUAUAGUUUACACUGUAUAUUCUGUAUAAUGUAAUGUAUAUUCUGUAUAAUGUACACUGUAUAUUCUGUAUAGUUUAUAAUAUAUAUUCUGUAUAGUUUAUAAUAUAUAUUCUGUAUAGUUUAUACUGUAUGUAAUGUAUAACCAGGAAAGCUCUGUUCCUCCUUAAAACCUAAAGUAAACAAGAGCACAGAGCGUCAGACAGGAGCAGACAGCGCCCGUAAGGUACGAAGCCUGUGGUUGGCUGGUGGUCGUUCAGGGUGAUGGAAGACGUGCUCUGAUUGGUUAAUUCUUUCAGAAGCUCCCGACUUGGACCCCGGCAUUACCUAUUGUUAUUAUGGACAGCAACUAGUUCACACAGGGGGAGUGUGAGUGUGAGCACAGAGACAGGGGGAGUGUGAGUGUGAGCACAGAGACAGAUAGUGAGUGUGAGCACAGAGACAGGGGGAGUGUGAGUGUGAGCACAGAGACAGAUAGUGAGUGUGCACAGAGACAGGGGGAGUGUGAGUGAGCACAGAGACAGAGAGUGAGUGUGAGCACAGAGACAGGGGGAGUGUGAGUGUGAGCACAGAGACGGGGAGUGUGAGCACAGAGACAGGGUGAGUGUGAGCACAGAGACAGACAGUGAGUGUGAGCACAGAGACAGACAGUGAGUGUGAGCACAGGACAGAGAGAGAGACAGUGAGUGUGAGCACAGGACAGAGAGAGAGACAGUGAGUGUGGGCACAGGACAGAGAGAGACAGUGAGUGUGGGCACAGGACAGAGAGACAGUGAGUGUGGGCACAGGACAGAGAGAGAGACAGUGAGUGUGAGCACAGGACAGAGAGAGAGACAGUGAGUGUGAGCACAGGACAGAGACAGACAGUGAGUGUGAGCACAGGACAGAGAGAGACAGUGAGUGUGAGCACAGUACAGAGACAGACAGUGAGUGUGAGCACAGGACAGAGACAGACAGUGAGAUUGUGAGCACAGGACAGAGAGAGACAGUGAGUGUGAGCACAGGACAGAGACAGACAGUGAGAUUGUGAGCACAGAGACAGACAGUGAGAUUGUGAGCACAGAGACAGACAGUGAGAUUGUGAGUGUGAGCACAGAGACAGACAGUGAGAUUGUGAGCACAGAGACAGUCAGUGAGAUUGUGAGCACAGUACAGAGACAGACAGUGAGAUUGUGAGCACAGAGACAGACAGUGAGAUUGUGAGCACAGUACAGAGAUAGACAGUGAGAUUGUGAGCAGGGAUUUAGAGAUAUAAACCAGUGAAGGACACGAGUUUAGUAUUGAGGAUGAGGGAGAGUGUGAAGAAGAGAGAGAGAAACAGUGAUAGAGGGAGCUACUGUUAGACUGAGACAGAAAGACAGAGUCACAUAGAGAGACAGAGUUAGUGAGACAGUGAUAGAGUGAGAGUGAGGGAUACAGAGUGUGAGUGAGUGAUAGAGUUAGAGAGACAGUGAUAGAGAGUGUGAGUGAGGGAAAGAGUCAGUGACAGAGUGUGAGUGAGUGAUAGAGUUAGAGAUACAGUGAUAGAGAGUGUGAGUGAGGGAAAGAGAGAGACAGUGAUAGAGAGUGUGAGUGAGUGAUCGAGUUAGAGAGACAGUGAUAGAGAGUGUGAGUGAGGGAAAGAGUUAGAGAGGCAGUGAUAGAGAGUGUGAGUGAGGGAUAGAGUUAGAGAGUCAGUGAUAGAGAGUGUGAGUGAGGGAUAGAGUUAGAGAGGCAGUGAUAGAGAGUGUGAGUGAGGGAUAGAGUUAGAGAGUCAGUGAUAGAGAGUGUGAGUGAGGGAUAGAGUUAGAGAGUGUGAGUGAGGGAUAGAGUUAGAGAGACAGUGAUAGAGAGUGUGAGUGAGGGAUAGAGUUAGAGAGACAGUCAGUAGAGUGCAGGGUCUGUCUGUCGGGGGAUGUAGAGACAGCACAGGGAGGUACCUAUCUGUGGGGGAGUGUCAGUAGGAGGGUCAGUCUCCGGCCUGGCUGGGUGAGGAUGCUGUGGAGGUCCAGCACUGCAGGCUGAGGAACACACUGUCCAAACUGUGAGUAUCUGCCCUAAAUGAGGAUUAUUUACUAAACAACGUUACGGGAUCGCUUUUCCCCUUUAUCAAACUCUUCUUACUAACCCUCGCUAAUUCUUAUCGCAGAGCUAGUCUGCCUGGGCUCAUCCUUUCUCCCCAUCACUAGUUAUUAGCCUGGUUCAUCCCCCUCCAUCACUAAUUACUAAUCCUGGUUCAUCCCUCCUCCCCAUCACUAGUUAUUAGCCCGGUUCAGCCCCCUCUAUCACUAAUUACUAAUCCUGGUUCAUCCCUCCUCCCCAUCACUAGUUAUUAACCUUCCCACCACUAGUUAUUAGCCUGGUUCAUCCCCCUCCAUCACUAAUUACUAAUCCUGGUUUAUCCCUCCUUCCCACCACUAGUUAUUAGCCAUCCCACUACUAGUUAUUAGCCUGGUUCAUCCCUCCCCCCAUCACUAAUUACUAAUCCUGGUUCAUCCCUCCUUCCCACCACUAGUUACUAACCUGGCUCAUUCCCUCCCCCCAUUAAUAGUAAGUAGCCUGGUUCUUCUCCCUAUCACUAGUUACUAAUCCUGGUUAUUUUUACUGCCCAUCACUAGUUACUAAUCCAGGUUAUCUUUAUUUCCCAUCACUAGUUACUGAUCCUGGUUAUCUUUAUUUCCCAUCACUAGUUACUAGCCUGGUUCAUUGCUUGUCACCUCCCUCCACUACUAAUAAUUAAUCCUGGUUCAUUCUUCUACCCACUUUAAUUACUAAUCCUGGUUCAUCCCUCCUCCCCACCACUAGUUACUACUACCCACUUUAAUUACUAAUCCUGGUUCAUCCCUCCUUCCCACCACUAGUUACUACCCUGGUUCACCCCUCUCCCCAUCACUAGUUACUAGCCUGGCUCAUUUAUUUUCCCUAUCACUAGUUGCUAAUCCUGGUUAUCUUUACUGCCCACCACUAGUUACUAAUCCUGGUUAUCUUUACUUCCCACCACUAGUUACUAGCCUGGUUCGUUGCUUCUCACCAUCACUAGCUGCCUUUUCAUUCCCUCUCUCCACUACUAAUAAUUAAUCCUGGUUCAUUCUUCUACCCACUAGUAAUUACUAAUUCUGGUUCAUCCCUCCUCCCCACCACUAGUUACUACCCUAGUAGUAACUCCUCACUGCUGAGCUCAGACAGAGAACUUAUAGCUAAAGAGAAGGCUCUAGUAGAGGCAGCAGGUGAUGCCUGGCACGCCCUACAUACAAAUUUGAACUGUUCUAACACAGUGUAGUGGUUAUGGUGCUUGGAAUGUUCUUUUAAAGAGAUACUCCUAGUGAAACACUGCACAUAAAGACUAUGGCCACUUCAGAUCACUAAAGUGCUCAUGAUGCAUGGAGUAAUUCUCUUAAAGGACCACUAUAGUGCCAGGAAAACAUACUUGUUUUCCUGGCACUAUGGUGCCCUGAGGGUGCCCCCACCCUCAGGGUCCCCCUCCCGCCGGGCUGGAUGGCGAGGAAAGGGGUUAAACUUACCUUUUUUCCAGCGCCAGGGGGGAGCUCUCCUUCUCCUCUCCGCCUCCGAUCCUACUCUUCGGCUGAAUGCGCAUGUGCGGCAGGAGCUGUGCGCGCAUUCAGCCGGUCUCAUAGGAAAGCAUUCAUAAUGCUUUCCUAUGGACACUUGCGUCUUCUCACUGUGAUUUUCACAGUGAGAAGCACGCAAACACCUCUAGCGGCUGUCAAUGAGACAGCCACUAGAGGCUUUGGAGGCUGGAUUAACCCAUUUAUAAACAUAGCAGUUUCUCUGAAACUACUAUGUUUAUUUAAAAAAAGGGUUCAUCCUAGAGGGACCUGGCACCCAGACCACUUCAUUAAGCUGAAGUGGCCUGGGUGCCUAGAGUGGUCCUUUAAGAACGAUUGCACUGACUCAUGGCCUCCCAAUACAGCCUAACUUCAUUUCAGCUAAUUUGCCACACAGCUAUCAACUAAACCUGCCCAGUCUGCUCUCCAAACUCCCACCGGUUUGUCUGCUGUAUUCCUGUAACUCUGGUCACUCAGAUGCCCAAUGCUCCCCUCCUGCCCCACUGGACCGUGUUCUUUUGCUCAGCACCAACUCCUCUAUACUAACUUCCCAGCUACACUCUCAUUAACUUCUCCGUGCCCCUAAAACAUAUUACCAUAUUUUGUUUCUUCAGCUCGCCUCUUCCUCCUCCAUACUGCUAUCUUGACCCCAAGUCUCUAUUGGUUCUCAUUGUGAACUAAGCCCAUUGCCAGCCUCGGCCUUUCCCCCAGCUGUUUAAUCUUUUCUGUCCUAAUAUUUCUGGAGUCCUUGCUGCAGUCCUAGUGUUGCCCAGUGGAUUUUUGGGGAAUUGGUUAUCAAUUUAAUGUUCGUACUUAUUGCACUGAAGAUAUUUUAUGAGUUAUUCUGUUCCCCAAAUUGCAUGCAUUUGUAAACAACAUUUAUUUAUAUAUCUGCAAAGUCUUCCAUAACGUGUUUGACUGAGUACCAGCAGCCCUUUGUGUAAAGAAGGCAUCACCGUAGAUUUUUGCAGAAUAAAGAGUUGGAUGUAGCGGUCUUGUAAUAACAUGGCUACGGGUUGGUCUGUGUGUGAGGCUUUAUUCUGAAAGUUGUGGCACUGACAGCUGGUCCAAGUGUUCAGAUAGCAUCACCAAUGGCUGCAGAGGCUAUGGCUUGGGUACUGGUCGGCCUCCACAAGAAAAAGGGAUCACUGUGCCUGUACAAUUACCGGCUGGACUCCGUGUGAGGAAGGGGUCUCUGUACCCAUUGUGGUAUAUACAGCAUUAAUGGCUGGACUCUGUGUGAGAAAGGGGUCACUGUACCUAUAGUGAUAUAUACAGAAUUAAUGGCUGGACUCUGUGUGAGAAAGGGGUCACUGUACCCAUAGUGAUAUAUAUAGAUAAUUAAUGGCUGGACUCUGUGUGAGGAAGGGGUCACUGUACCCAUAGUGAUAUAUAUAUAGAGAAUUAAUGGUUGGACUCUGUGUGAGGAAGGGGUCACUGUACCUAUAGUGGUAUAUACAGAAUUAAUGGCUGGACUCUGUGUGAGGAAGGGGUCACUGUACCCAUAGUGGUAUAUACAGAAUUAAUGGUUGGCCUCUGUGUGAGGAAGGGGUCACUGUACCCAUAGUGGUAUAUACAGAAGUAAUGGCUGGACUCUGUGUGAGGAAGGGGUCACUGUACCCAUAGUGAUAUAUAUAUAUAUAUAGAGAAUUAAUGGCUGGACUCUGUGUGAGGAAGGGGUCACUGUACCCAUAGUGAUAUAUAUAUAGAGAAUUAGUGGCUGGACUCUGUGUGAGGAAGGGGUCACUGUACCUAUAGUGGUAUAUACAGAAUUAAUGGCUGGUGCCUGGCUGCUGUCCCUGCAGUCAUAAAAACAACAAUGUUUACAUUUAUCAGACAGCCUGCCUCUAGUGGCUGUCAGUCAGGCAGCCAUGAGACGUACUUCCUUGUGAACGUUCAGCAUCACACUGCUUGUCAUAGAGAUGCAUUGGAUUCAUAGCUUUUGUAUGGAAAGCAUCUGAUUGGCUAAGUGCAGGGAUUGCGGUGCAUGCCCGGUAGGGUCUCAGUGAUUUCUAUAGAAGCAUUGGGCUGUUCUUACAUCAUCCACUAGGAUAGUUUAACCCCUUAAGGACCAAACUUCUGUAAUAAAAGGGCAUCAUGACAUGUCACACAUGUCAUGUGUCCUUAAGGGGGUUAAAAAGAGGAGUGUCUGCCCCCUCUCACAGGGGGGGGGGGGCAUAGUGUAAACAAGCAGAGGAACACUCUGUUACAAAUACAUUGAUUUACAACAUUAGUGUUCCUUUAAGGAAUGAAUCCCUGUUUGUGCCUCCAGUCUAGUCUCACAAUUUUAGGGAAUUGAAAUCCGAAUGGCAAAAAUGAGCUGAUCUGGAAAAUUUCUGCAACUGAGCGAUAGCCACAGCUUGUCUAUUUCAGAUUUCAUUUCUGUACUAUUCUGAGUGCAGUUGUUCACGUUGAAACCAGUUUUCGGAGAAUAUAAAAGGGUGCUGCACGUUUUAGGCUAAACUAGUUGAAUAGGAAAAAUAUCUUCAAUUUGGCUAUUUUACCAGCUCCGCUAUUUUGGUCUAAUAUCCUGUGUUGGCUCCCGGUUUAAAUAAUAACCCUUACACUAUCCAGUUUUCCAUUCACCACACUGAGCUACCUGAUCUAUUUGCAGGAUAUGAAGAAACAGAGUUUAUUUGAUUCACCUGAAAACACUUAGUGGCAGUUAAGUCUAGGUCAUACACUUUAUACUCUCAGUGUACGCUCAGCACCUAUUCUCGGUACCUCCAUUGUGGACAUACGUUGAACAAUGUCUUCUUACUUGGAGCUGUGGCUGGAGCAACGCGUGCUGAGUGAUGAAUUAUAUGAAGAGGUAAGUUUGUAAUACAUAUGGGUGGGCUUCUCUCAACAGAUGUUCUGUAUAUCUUCCUGAGACGUGCUGCACUGCAGUAUGUAGAACUCUGAUUCUUUAAGAAUCAAUGAAUGAAUUAGUCAAUGAAAAAGACUAGCUAAUUGAUUGUCCUCCAGCAUUGAAUUAUACAUACUACAGGGAAGCACUUUUCAUGUACUGCCCAUCAAUGAUGCGUCCAGGACAACAUAGAGGAUCUAGCAGCCCUACUUUUUCUAGAGUUUACAGAGAUUAUUAUGUUUUGUGGACUAAAUGUUUAAAGGGACUUUAAAGGCACCCAUACCACGUCCCCUCAGCCGAAGAUACAGGUUGGCCGUGCCGAGACAAUUGUGUCAUGGGAUAGAAUGUAAGAAGAACUUGCCUUUUAAACCCUCAGGGAGGGUAUGGCAGAGACACCUGGAUUGGUAGGGGAACACUAUAACGUUUAGAAUACAUGGUUUUUAUUCCAUUACGCUAUCAUGUUCCUUUAAUUUUUUAGAUCAGCUCAGCAGAGUUUAUAACCUGAACUCUUUAACCCCUUAAGGACACAUGACAUGUGUGACAUGUCAUGAUUCCCUUUUAUUCCAGAAGUUUGGUCCUUACGGUGUUAAGAAUUAUUUGCUAAAUUCUACAUAAAUUGAAAUUAAGGCCAAAAUGACCAAGCUAAGACUGAUCAUUCAAUAAAGCCCAAAUACGUUAGGUCCAGAUUAUAAAAAUAGUUUGAUACUAUCUAGGUGUAUUUGGACUUUAAAAUCCAGACAUUGUUCUCCAUGUAUCACUGUCCACAUAUUCCUGUACUGCUUUCUAGUUAGACUUAAAGGAACACUGUAGGGUCAUGAAUACAAACAUGUAUUCUGUAGUGUUAAAAACACAUUUUAUGGUCCAUGUCCCCAUCUUAAAUAUGGUUAUCUGGUGCGGUACAUGUCUGCCAGCGCUGGCUCUGCCCCUUGGCUGAGAUCAUCAAAAUUUCCCUAUGGGAAAGCAUUGGGAGGCUAUUGCGCAUGCACGGCAAAACGCACCAAUCGGCAUUUUCUCAUAGAGAUGCGUUAUAUCAAUGCAUCUCUAUGGGAAAAGUUAAGCGCCUCCACUCGCACUAACCCAGGAAGAACUCUAGUGGCCGUCUGAGUGAGGUGUCCUUAGGGAGAAAUGUUAACACGUUUUUUUUUUUUUUUUUUUCUGAAAUUGCAGUGUUUACAUGAAGAUGCCUGCAGGGACAGGGAGUAGACACCAGAACAACUACAUUAAACUGUAGUUGUACUGGUAAUUAUAGUGUCCCGUUACGCCUGCCCGUUAAAACCAAAGGGCUGAUAUCUGAAAUAAAGGAUGGAAGUGCACAACCGAAUGGUCCAAUUCAAAGACAGUUAGAAUAGGCAUCUGUCAGCAUGUAAAUUUAGUCCAGCCAGAUGUGUACAAUUCCAUUUUCCUGAAUUUCCUGGCAGGCAGUUGCCAAUUCUGAUAGAAGCUGUAAUUUGUAACUUUUUUGGUAAUUAUUGUAUUAAAUUAUUAUUUUACCAAUUUGCCUUCUUGCUUUGCCAAUAGGCAAAUAAUGUGCAUGUUUGUAGAUUCUCCUGCAAAAAGGAGAUGAAAUUAUCCGCAGAAUUUGCUUCCUACUGGAUUUGUUCAUAGUGAAUCUGGUUACAAAUCUUCUUUUGUUAAAUGGACCCUGAAAUCGGGACUGUUAGGAGGCCUGCAAUUUGUUGUAGAUAUAGUGUAACAGUAGGAAAUAUCAUUAUUUACAUUGUAUCCCAUGCCUUGUCUUCAUUUCAGAUAAAUCCAAAUAAUUUGCAACUAAAUACCCCUUUUAAACUGUUGGCAAUCUCAGUAAAACUCAAAGCGGGUCUGUCACUUGUCAGUAUUUCACAAAUAUAUAAGCUUUUAUGAAAUCCUGAUUAGGACUGCCUUCAUUGGAAGUAGGGACUACUUUUGUUUAAUGGUAAAGUCUGAGCUUAAAUUUCUACAACAUGCAGAGCACUGCCUUUGACUUUUGCCCAAUGCUAGCAGCAGUCACAAAUGAUGGCUGUGGGAUUCAGACUCGAUCCUCUGUGAUACCCAGCGGUAUAUCUCGCACAUGCGCAAGAGUCUAACACUGACGUGGCUCCUGGCAUCUAAAGCGUCAGUUUUGGUGGGUCCUUGCAAAAUCUGCAUUGUCAGGGUAAAUCCAAUAAAGUGAGAAUUGUUGGAAAUUUAAAGAGAAUUUCAAAUUUAAAGUCAAUAUCGCUGAUUUAUUGUUCAGUUUGUUGAAUCACACUGAAUUUAAUGCAGUUCUCACUUUUAGUGAAUAACCCUGUGUAUGGCAGGCAUUAAAGUAGUCGCACUCCUACUAUACCAUUGUGCCUCCUGUUUAAAAUGAAGACAUUCGAUAAAUUCCCUGCUGCUUCUUGUCAUUUUCCUAAUCUUAUUACAGUCUAGCUGUUUUCUGUAUGGAUAUCCCUUGCUGGACGCGGUGAGUCAUUUUUGUACCAGUGUACCUCAUCUAGAGUUCCAGACCCACCAAUUUAUUUAUUUUUAUUUGGGAGGGCACAUAUUUAAAAUGGGCAGUGCAAGAAAAGUGGUGCCCUGCAGUAUGUAGCAUUCACAUGCUACAUGAUUCUGCAGUGAUUAAGAACUUGCUCUCCCUCCUUUAAUAUUUUAAUUCUACACAUUCCAAGGAGCCUAUUGGUAUGUACAGUGUUCAGGCAUAUGUGAUCAAUAUGGCAACCCUACUGCUAUCUUUCUGGGAGUGGUGAGCUUCAGGGGUCCCAUUACUGCAAUAUAGGUGAUUCCCCCCACCUCCAACAUGAAGGGGGGUCUCUCCGGGCGCCCCAUGCUGAAGGGGUUAAUGUAGCAUUAUUUGGGCAGGUGUCCCUUGUUGAAAUUGUGAUUGCUGCUAGAAAGGUAUUUCUCACUUCCGGGGAGUAGGGGGGCUCCAGGUGAGUAUUAGCGCAGUACACGUUAUGCUCCCUGGCAGGUAUUCUGCCAGUAAAAUUAUCAAUCAGCACCCUGUGUGGCCACUGCCUGCCUCCACCCUAGACUUCUGUAAGCAGUACAUGCAGUACAUUCCUCGGAUUCCCAUCCCCCACAGCUCGGAUUCAGCCAUAGGAAAACCUGUAUUAACAUUGAGAGGGCAUGAGGUUAGCUCGCAGACCUGUCUAAUAAAUCCCACCUUUUAUAUUACAGUAUUAAAGCAAAGCACUGUUUUAGCUGAUCCAUAAUAGUUUACAGUGAAGCCUCCAUCCAAAGAAGCUGUUGGGAACAUGUAUUCCUUUAUAUAACAUGGCAGCUCUAGACUGGAUAUAUUGCAGUAAAUGCUCUCUGUAUAUUUCUAGGUACAGCGCAUAGCUCUGUGUGUCCUGGACUAGUGAUGGAAUGCUGGGUCAUUCUUUUAGAGUUGGGAAAUGUUAAGGAAAAACUUGAAAGCCUGGCUGAUCUGAGUCAUGGCAGGCUAUGUCUCCCAACCCCCAGUAUAUUAAGAACCUCAUGCUUUCUCUUUUAACCCCUCUGUUAUGAGCGAUCAGUCUUUCUUUUAUCUCUGCUUUUACUUCAUUACCUCUCAUUCUGUGUUUCUUAUUUCAAACAGGUUUGCUUUGCUACAUUUUACUUCUUGGUUACCUUCCCUCUGCUCUGUCUCUCUUCAUCUAUACUCUCCACGCCAAAGUAUCUCUACCCAUCUUCUACAUUUUCUCUAUUCUACAUAUUUUAGAUAGAUCACUUCCUGGCGCCAACCUUCCUUCAACUCUGUACCUCCAUUACUUCUGCAGCACUGUGUCCUACGCCGGUCUGGCCUCCCCUGCGCUCCGUCCCUCCCCGGGGGUCUGGCCUCCCCUUCACACUACUCUUCCUUGGCAUCAGUCUUCCCCUGCACACCGCAUCUCGCUUCUUCCUUAUUCUCCCUAUCGUUUUAUCAUUGCCCUCCGCUCUCCAAAAAGUCUGUCCCUUCUGAAUCUUCUCUUAAGUCAUCAGAACAUCCCCCCCUCAAUGAAUAUGCUUGCUGUCUUUAGUCAGCUUUCCCACUAGACAGUUCAUUUUAAGCUCUUGAAUCUCUUUGGUUGGCUUUCUGGUUGAUAUUAAAAAUGAAGCAUUUUAAUGUGUGCAUAUUCUCUUCCACCUGUCCCCCCCAUCCAUUCUUCAUUUUGAUGACUCUGUGUCUAUUUCUGAAGUAUUAUUUCUUUGCUUAUUUUUCUCGGUGGCCAAUUUCAAUAACAACUGCUUCAGAAAUGUCUUUUGGUCGCCCAGCACACAGAUGGUUAACAAGUUAAUGCGGGGGGGGUUCGUUGAAAAUAUGUGCGCACACCGUUAGAAAUGGUGUAUACGACAUUUAAAGCUAAUCUCUGUCUUGCAGGAGAUCUUUGCCAUGUCACUAACCCCCCCGAACAGCAAUGACGCCUGUCUCAGCAUUGUGCACAGCCUGAUGUGCCACCGGCAGGGGGGGGAGAACGAAGGCUUUGCCAAGAGAGCCAUCGAGAGCCUGGUGAAGAAGCUAAAAGAGAAGAAAGACGAGCUUGACUCUCUGAUAACUGCCAUCACCACGAACGGGGUGCAUCCCAGCAAGUGCGUUACCAUCCAGCGCACCUUGGACGGAAGACUGCAGGUACAACAUGGUGUAUGUGUGUUCAUGGAGCUGAACAUGUACGUGUAGUGAAGUGUGUCACUGAGUGUGUGCAGAGAGCGUAUUUAUGAAGAGUGUGCAUGUGUCGCAGCACAGGCUGUAUGUAACGUGCGUCACCACAUAGAGCAGCAGUAGGCAACCUUCCACACUCCAGAUUUUGUGAACUACACCUUCCAUAAUGCUCUUAUAAUCAUAACGCUGGCAAAGCAUCAGGGGAGAUGUAGUCAAAAACCUCUGGAUUGCCGAAGGUUGCCUAUACCCUACGUAGAGUGUGUUUCAGCACAAGACAUGUGUACUGCAUGCAGCAUCUUUGUAUAAUGUGCAUGGUAUGAUUAACAUGCCAAGUAUUUUCCAGACUGCAGUAUGAAUAGUUUUAAUUAAGUCUUUUUAAAUCAUGUACUGCCCCUUUUCCUUGUUUCUAGGCUUCUCGCUCAGCCCAGUAGUGAGGUCUUGUUACUGCACAUAGGCUCAGCCACUAACAUUCCGGCCUCUGAAUGUAUUGCUUGUGUCAGAACGUUGACUUGACUUGUGGAAUGGCUAGUCAAACUUCUCCCUGGCUAUCUCUACUUGAUGUCACAUACCAGCUACACACCAAGAAGCAAAAUAAAAUUCCCCCCCUCUACUAUCCAGCUUCUUACUAACCACAAUAGAUGGCCAUGAAUAACAUAUUGGUUAUAUACCAGGCAGUGUCCGUAUAUAUUCUAGUUCUUCAUUGCUGCAAGCUAUUUCUUCCUUCUGUUUCCAGCUAGCCCCUUCCUUUCUACCCACAGAUUUUGUUUGUAUGACUGCUUGCUCCUUCUAUGCCUCUGGCAAGCCCGCUUCUUUCUUCUGGCCUACGGCUACCUCUACUACAUUUGCUCCUGGCCUCUGGCUACUUCCUCAUUGCUUCUCACUGGCUCCAUUCUGGCUAUUGGCCUACAGCUACCUGGACUCUGUUUUUGGCUUCAGACUGGCUUCUUUGUGGCUCCUGGCCUAAUGCUACUUCACCUCUUCUCUUUAUUUUAUUCUCUUUCUGACUCCUAGCUGCAUCCAAGUGCCUUUACACUAUGUUUCUCCUGUAAUCCUCAGUAAUUCCAGCUGCUCUUUCUGUUUGCUUGCUCCUCCUCUCAUUCCCGAAGUCUCCUUCUCUCCUCCUUCAACUCUUCCCCCUAUCCUUGCUUUCCAAGUCUUCUACUUUCCUUCUCCCCAGCAAUUAGCAACUGGGCUGGCUGUGUUGAUGAGUCACUGUCUGGCAGGAUCAGGGGGGGGGGAUGUUUUGUCUGCAAAGAUCCCUCCAGGGAGAGGAGUGUGAGGGGGGAGGGAAGCAGGCGCUGCAAGCGUACUAUAAACAGUACGGACAGGAAGGCCUUGCUAACAGGCAAACACCCAGUUCUAAACACUGUGGGAGCUCAUACUCUACUAGUACUGUCUGACUUGCAGGACUGGUGGCUCGAGUCAGGAAUUUAUUUAGGGAGAGCAAAUGUAAAUCUUAGCCAGUCUAAUUUCUGUAAAUACUGACCUGUAGCAUACAGUCUGACGGAGGCAGCCUAUAGAUUUAUACAGCGGUUAUGAGCAUGGAGGAGUUAAAACACAGGAUAACCUGCUUUAGAUUCAGAUCUCCGGAUAACAAAGAGGACAUCAUGAUUUUUCCGCUUUUGUGCUGUUUCUGUGUGCCCAUUCUUUGAUUUCUGUUUGACCUUCCUAUACUCGCAUGUGUAUGUAUUCCAUGUAAACGUGGUCCUGGCUGGUCAGAUACUUUAAGGCAGUGGUUCCCAAAUCAGGACUUAUAUAUUUCUUUUUUCUAUUCCAAAGGAAAUACUGACAAAACCAGGACUUUUACUGGUUCCUGAACCAUUGGCUUAAGGGUUCAACAAAUGGGAUCACCCACACACAUAGCCUUUGUAAGAUUGAGUGGGAUACAUGGAGUGAUGGGCAUAACACAGGAAAAAAUGAGAUCAGCUGCCAACGUGGAACACUAUGAACAAAAAUGGUCUCUAGCAAACCAUAGACUGAAACUACAUCAGAAAGAAAAAUAUUAAAUAAACAUAAAUUUAGAAUGUGUAAUCACAGGAAACAAAUGCCUAGUUAGUACAACACAUAUACUCCUAAAGAGUUGCUGCACUUUUUUCCCCCUCUCUUUAGUACUCUGAACGUUGACCUAUGUAGCCUUUGUGUACCCUGUGUGGUAUAUGUUGCUGGGUAUUCUUUAUUUUAAUAUGACCAUUUUCUUUACUUGUGCCAGUCCUAUUGGGAGCAGUGAGCACUAUGGAUAUAUUUUGAGACUUCCACCGGCUGUAAUGCUUUGUUGUCCUCCCCAAAAAUAGUUAAAUAUAAAUUGAGCAUUCCAUAAAAGUGCAAUCUUUAUCAAAUACUGAUGUCAUUGAAAUUUCAACGCAGUCAAAAAAAUAUCAUAAGACAAAUUAGGAACUUCUUCGUCUUGUGUAUUUAUUUCCUCUGCUUGACAGAAGGGAAAAGCUGUCAUCGUCCAGGUUUGUCAGUUACCCCAGCUGUCACUAGUCCUCCAUAGACAUCUGUCUAAAACACUAAUCUGCCACAACAUUAAAACCACCUGCCUAAUAUUGUGUAGGUCCCCUUUGUGCUGCCAAAACAGCUCUGAUGCAUUAACGCAUGGACUCCACAAGACCUCUGAAUAUGUCCCGUGGUUUCUGGCACCAAGACAUUAGCAGCAGAUCCUUCCAAGUCCUUCACGUUCCGAGGAGGAGCCUCCAUGGAUCGGAUUUGUUGUUCCAGCACAUCCCAGAGAUUCUCAAUCGGAUUGAGAUCUGGGGAAUUUUGGAGGCCAAAGCAACACCUUGAACUCUUUGUCAUGUUCCUCAAACUAUUCCUAAACAUUUUUUGCAGUGUGGCAGGGUGCAUUAUCCUGCUAGAAGAGGCCAUAGCCAUCAGGUACACAAAGGGAACACAAUUGCCAUGAAUGGGUGUACGUGAUCUCAGGCAAUCUCUAGGUAGGUGGUACAUGGCCAGUAACAUCCACAUGAAUGUCAGGACCCAAGGUUUCCUAGCAGAGCAUUGCCCACAACAUAACACAGCCUGCCUUCUUCCCAUACUAUUUCCUGCUGCCAUCUCUUCCCCAGGUGCACACUAACUCCGCCAUCCACCUGAUGUAAAAUAAAAAGUGAAUCAUCAGACCAGGAAACCUUCUUCCAUUUCUCCAUGGUCUAGUUCUGAUGCUUGCGUCCCCAUUGUAGGCACUUUUGGUGACAGAAAGGGGACAUCAUGGUCACUCUGCUGCGUACCGGGCCGUGUAACCUCAGACCCGUCAAACUGUGAUCACUGUGUGUUCUGACACCAUGCUAUCGUGGUCCAGCAUAAAAAUUUUUCAACAAUUGGAGCUACAGUAGCUCUUCUGUGUAAUGGACCAAAACGAGCUAGCCUUUUUGGGCCCUUGUCAAAGUCAGGAAAACUUUAUUGGGUUCCACAGACUUCUGGCAGGGGCUCCUUAGCUAGAACAAUGUAGAUCCCACCUAGGCAUACUUUUAGACAUCGGUAAACCCCAUGUUAUUUUUUUUUUUAGUAGUAGUAGUAGUAGUAGUAGUAGUAGUAGUAGUUAUAGUUAUAAAGCUCCAACAAAAGCCACAGCGCUGUACAAUGGAAUUAUACGGUAUUCCUGGAUAGCUCAUCCCCAAGCGCCCUAACUGGUAAAAUAGAGCCUUAUACCAUGUACGAUUAAACGUUUGACUGGCCGCGAUGGAGUUCUGAGCUAAUGAAUAGUUACGUGCAGCCGGAGUUAGCAGAUUUUCUCUGAGCAUAGAUAGGUGACCGGGUGGUAGGAAUUUCGGGGACUUGGUCUGGUAGUGUCUACUAAGAGAAGGCAAGAGCCAUAGCAGCGUGAUUAUCAGUCGAUCAAUGUUAUUAAUUUCACCUGUCAGUGCUUUCAAUGUUGUGGCUGAUCAGUGUAUAAAUGUAUUUAACCUCAACUGGGACCCCAGGCCACUGCACGCCAAGUGGCAAUGUCACCAUCUGGGGUCUUUAUACAGCAAAGACCACAGAAGGUGACAGUCACUUUAAAUUAACAUUGCUCAAAUAAUUACUUAGAGGGAUCCAAAAAGGCUUGCUGCCAUCUUCAUAGUGGUUUUUAUCUGAUCUCUGCGAUCCUUUCUCAUACAGGUGGCUGGCAGAAAGGGAUUUCCUCAUGUUAUAUAUGCACGACUGUGGCGCUGGCCCGACCUGCACAAGAAUGAGCUGAAGCACGUUAAGUUCUGUCAGUUUGCCUUUGACCUGAAGUACGACAGUGUUUGCGUUAAUCCAUAUCACUAUGAGCGUGUGGUGUCCCCAGGCAUCGGUAAGCGUUUGUGGGAAUGUCCAAACAAUCCUUUAUUCUGCAUUCCUGGAGUGUAUUCCUGCCUUGGAUGAUUUGUUGUUGCUCCAUAUUAAAGGUUGUUUUCUUUGUUACAGGACUGAGUAUACCAAGUUCCGGUGAGUGCACUGUAUGCAGAAUACACAGUUCUCUGUUUAUGUUUUUCUCUCUUCUUUGUAAAUGGUUUCUGUCGUGCAUCCUUUGAAAUACCUGUUGCUUUGGCUGUUCUUCCUUGUCAUUCUGCUUUCUGAAUGGCCUCGGAAAAUGCUUGUUCUUCUUGUAAUGUAAUAUAUUGUCCUACAGCAAGUACUCCUUGUCGUUCAGUUAAAGAAGAAUAUACCCAUGAGUGUGAGAUGGAAUCUUCUUCAUGUCUCUCUGUACCCCAAGAUCUCCCACCGCCCAUCAAACGGGUUACACUACCACCAAUGCCUCCUUCAGAGUCCUAUCGACAGCCACUCCCCCCGCUUACAUUACCUAAAAGUCCACAGGCUGCCGUCAGCAUAUAUCCCAAUAUGCCUCUGUCACCUUCUGGUGGGUAUUCUCUGCUUUAACGUCUUUCUGUAAUCAUAUGGUUGGCUCCCAGAAUGUAAUAAGGAGUUAAAUAGAUCACUGGUAAGGUCUGCUGUAUAGAACUGAACACAAUACUAGAGGGGAUUAUAGAGAGUUAGUGAUAGUACUUUAUAGAUCCCGGGUAAGAAAUCACCUAGAGUAUUGUGACCUAGAGUAUUGUGUUCAGUUCUAUAGAGCGGAUCUCCAGGAGGAUAUAGAGAGGUAGUGAUAGUACUUUAUAGAUCCCUGGUAAGAUCUCACCUAGAGUAUUGUGUUCAGUUCUAUAUAGCAGAUCUCCAGGAGGAUAUAGAGAGGUAGUGAUAGUACUUUAUAGAUCCCUGGUAAGAUCUCACCUAGAGUAUUGUGUUCAGUUCUAUAGAGCAGAUCUCCAGGAGGAUAUAGAGAGGUAGUGAUAGUCCUUAAUAGAUCCCUGGUAAGAUCUCACCUAGAGUAUUGUUAAUGAUCAGUAUGAUGUGCAAACGCAGAUGAGCUGACAUGCCUUUGUGUCAGUCUAUGAUUAAACCAACUGUGAUUGUGAUACAAAAAUUCCAACUUUGUAAAUAUGUUUUUAUUUCGGUUUAUAUUGUCGAGAAUUAGUCACAUUGAGACUCGCAGGUCUCCGUAAGCCUUUAGGGCACAAUAACCAAAAUACAACAUGUGCAUAGCUUUUUUAUAUCGGCCAACCGGGCGCGCAGGCCCACAAUUGCUGUGGACUCGCAGGUCCCUUACAGCAUGCUGUUCUUGUCCCUAAGCUGAUGUGACGUUUACAUUCAGUUGCCCCGUUUAAGUCUCAUUAUGCAAACUUCAGUGUGGACUCGCAGGUCCACUUAGGGUGGGACAUGAGCAGCCUUUGGAAAGGAAUGACUGUCUGCAAAACCAGCAUUGGUGACGUGCCGGUCACCAUGUAGUGGGUGUUAUAGUCGGGUGUCGGGCCCGUGAGUAAAAUUCCAACUUUGGACUGUCUUCUCUUCCUCUCUGAUUUCUCUUAAAACAGCUAUGUGUGUUACUGACCUAGAAUCCCUAAAUCUACCAAGUGUAGUAGGCUUUAAGUAAAAUAAUAUACUUGACAGGAUUCAGCAAAUCUUAUUUCUCAUCUAACCAAACCUAGAAUGAGAGCUAGAGCCAGGGACGGAUAGCCUGUAGCUUUGAAGCUAUAAUGCUGCCAAGAGAUCUGUAUUCUUAUAGUAGACGGAAUUUGCUGGCGCUAUAAAAAUAAUAAAUAGAUCUAAAAGGUGGAGAUAAUGUGGAAUGCAGUGCUCAAGCCUGGCAUUGCCAACAGGUUGUAGAUUUGUGGCCAGGUCUAUUUUGAAUGCAUUUGCUUUCUACAUACUGUUUUUAACGCCUACUGUUUUUCAUACAGUUGCUCCUGGCUGCCCUCUUGGCCCCCUCACACAUGGGGAUGGACUCUUGCAGAUUGCUCCAUCCCACCAAUCGUUGAUGACCACUUCACCCCCUUCCACGCCAAGCCAAAAUUCACAGCAGAAUGGAUACCCAUCCCCGCCCAAACAGCAGUACCUCCGUGAGUUACCACCCUCACAUCUUUGACGACAUUCAUGUCCAUUGAUCCUUUUUUUAUAAAAGCUUUGCACAAACCGAUUACAGAUUUUUUUUGUCCCUGCUAGCACACUAAUAACCAAGAACUCAUUACAGAAUGCCAGGAAUAUGCAUGUUUUGCAGUGCUGAAUGUCUUUUACUCAUGUUGUGUCUAUGUGCCAGUGGCCUCACCUAUUGCACCUGUCUCUCUGAUUUUACAGCCACGUGGACGGGAAGCAGCACAGCUGCAUAUACCCCUAACCCACCCCAGCAGAACGGGAGGGGGAACCAACAACCAAAUAUGCAUCAUCAAAAUACAUACUGUAAGUCUCUUAUUACAUCUGCCUUGAACUCUAUGGUGGUCUCUUUACAGUGAAAUUAUUUUUUAUGUAGUCUGUUUUAUUUUUUUUAUUAUUUUCUUGCUCUAGGGGAAAAUGAUCUCCCCUUGUGAUUUUCUCUUUAUCCCUUUUUAUUAUUUAUUACAUUACUUUCACCUUACUAUUUAUCAUAACCUCUUGCUGCCUCUUCCUUUCAGGGCCCCUUCACCAAAACCCUCCGCAGUACCAGCACCAAGUCUCCAACCACCCAGGUGAGGAACUCUCCAAGAACAUGGACAGACGAGUGACACUGUGGCACCUGCCAGUGUUUCUACCACUCUUUUCCCUCUUUCCCCAGGCCCAGAAUUUUGGUGUUCCGUUGCCUACUUUGAGAUGGAUGUCCAAGUCGGAGAAAUAUUCAAAGUUCCCUCUAAUUGCCCUGUGGUCACGGUCGAUGGGUAUGUGGACCCAUCUGGUGGUGACAGAUUUUGUCUGGGACAGCUGUCAAAUGUGCAUCGCACAGACACAAGUGAGCGAGCUCGGUAAGAACCUGAGGACCAGGAAAUGUCCUAUAGUACAUAGAACAAGGAAGGGAAAACAACAAGGAGAAUGAUAUGAUGGCAUCCUGCAUGUAACAGUGCUGUUUUUUGUUUUUGUUUUUGGUUGAGUUGUCGUGCUGUUAUUAUUUUAUUUUUAUUUUUUUGGAACAGGUUGCACAUUGGUAAAGGAGUGCAACUGGAGUGUCGGGGAGAAGGGGAUGUCUGGAUGAGAUGUCUCAGCGACCACGCUGUAUUUGUGCAGAGUUAUUACCUAGACAGAGAAGCUGGUCGUGCACCAGGGGAUGCUGUUCAUAAAAUAUAUCCUGGAGCUUACAUUAAGGUGACUGACUAACUUCUACAUCCACUGAAAUUGGUUUUGGUUAACUUAGGCAUGAACUGAUUUAAAUAAAAUUCCCAUCACUCUCUGAGAUGUGAUAAUGACUGCACGAGCCAGGUGUGUCAUUACUGGCUUACUGACAAAGUACUAUUCCAUGCAGUUAGUGGACCUAAAGUGUCUGUGUGUUUAAUCUCUGUUCCCUAGGUGUUUGAUCUACGGCAGUGUCAUCGGCAGAUGCAGCAGCAAGCAGCCACGGCACAGGCUGCGGCUGCAGCACAGGCGGCUGCUGUGGCUGGAACAAUCCCUGGACCGGGCUCUGUGGGGGGCAUUGCUCCUGCUGUCAGUGAGUAUUGUGUACCAAGAAAUACACGACUUUUUUUUUUUUUUUAACAAAAGCAAAAUAUACAUAUGUAAUGUAGGCAAGAACUAUACAUGCAAAGGAUUGCAGCGGUCGGUGCCCUUUAUAUACCCUGAAAGAGCAUACAGUCCUUACACCAUCUUCUAACCAUGUCUUCCAUUGAAGUCACAAUUCCUGCUUUCAGAAGUACAGUGAUAUAUCUUAAAAUUGUCUUUAUUGGGUAUAUCAAGCAAGUUUUAAAUGUUUCUAUACUGUUGGCACUGCUGGCAAGCAAGAUUAUCAGUAGACUGGAGUCCCUUUUCUGAGUAUUUAGUAGUCCGCUGGAAAAUUAAGCACUUUUGGCUUUUUCCAUAGGUCUGUCUGCUGCGGCCGGUAUCGGCGUGGAUGACCUUCGACGCCUCUGUAUCUUGCGACUAAGCUUUGUAAAGGGCUGGGGUCCAGAUUACCCACGACAAAGCAUCAAGCAGACCCCAUGUUGGAUCGAGGUCCACCUCCACCGCGCCUUGCAGCUUUUGGAUGAGGUCCUACACACGUUGCCCAUGGCAGACCCAAAUUCUGUGAAUUAG